CUUCCGUCAGAGCCGGAAAACUCUCUCCCUCGCGUUGUUUAAGAGGCUCCUGGCUGCAGGGUGGGGAGGGAAGGUCCAGGACGGUCCGGGGACUCCAGGGCGUCCGGCCCACGACCUGUCCUUGGCGCCAUGGGUGUGAUAGGUAUACAGCUGGUCGUUACCAUGGUGAUGGCCAGUGUCAUGCAGAAGAUUAUACCUCACUAUUCUCUUGCUCGAUGGCUACUCUGUAAUGGCAGGAGCAAUGUUCAGUGUUCGCGGCGACUUUAUAGAACAUAACUACCGCGAAUAACAAGAAUCGACUUUUGAGGUGGUAUCAGCAUCCUACAGAAGAAGAAUUAAGAAUUCUUGCAGGGAAACAGCAAAAAGGGAGAAGCAGAAAAGAUAGGAAAUACAAUGGUCAUAUUGAAAGUAAGCCACUGACCAUUCCAAAGGAUAUUGACCUCCAUCUAGAAACAAAGUCAGUUACAGAAGUGGAUACUUUAGCAUUGCAUUAUUUUCCAGAAUACCAGUGGCUGGUGGAUUUCACAGUGGCUGCUACAAUUGUGUAUCUAGUAACUGAAGUCUACUACAAUUUUAUGAAGCCCACACAGGAAAUGAAUAUCAGCUUAGUCUGGUGCCUGCUUGUUUUAUCUUUUGCAAUCAAAGUUCUAUUUUCAUUAACUACACACUAUUUUAAAGUAGAAGAUGGUGGUGAAAGAUCAGUCUGUGUUACCUUUGGAUUUUUUUUCUUUGUGAAAGCAAUGGCAGUCUUGAUUGUAACAGAAAACUAUCUGGAAUUUGGACUCGAAACAGGGUUUACAAAUUUUUCAGAUAGUGCGAUGCAGUUUCUUGAAAAGCAAGGUUUAGAAUCUCAGGGUCCUGUUUCAAAACUUACUUUCAAAUUUUUCCUGGCUAUUUUCUGUUCACUCAUUGGGGCUUUUUUGACAUUUCCUGGAUUACGACUGGCUCAAAUGCAUCUGGAUGCCCUGAAUUUGGCAACAGAAAAAAUUACACAAACAUUACUUCAUAUCAACUUCUUGGCUCCUUUAUUUAUGGUUCUGCUCUGGGUAAAACCAGUCACCAAAGACUACAUUAUGAACCCACCAUUGGGUAAAGAAAGUGUCCCUUUAAUGACAGAGGCUACAUUCGAUACUCUGCGACUCUGGUUAAUAAUCCUGCUGUGUGCUUUGCGGUUGGCCAUGAUGCGCAGUCACCUGCAAGCUUACUUAAACCUAGCCCAGAAAUGUGUGGAUCAGAUGAAGAAAGAAGCAGGGCGAAUAAGUACAGUUGAGCUACAGAAAAUGGUGGCUCGAGUCUUUUAUUACCUGUGUGUCAUUGCCCUGCAGUAUGUGGCGCCUCUGGUAAUGCUGCUUCACACAACUCUGCUUUUGAAAACACUAGGUAAUCAUUCCUGGGGGAUUUAUCCAGAAUCUAUCUCUACCUUGCCAGUGGAUAAUAGUCUAUCCUCCAACUCUGUUUACUCUGAAUUACCAUCUGCUGAUGGGAAGAUGAAGGUAACUGUUACACAAAUAACAGUGGCACUGAGCAGCUUAAAAAAUAUUUUCACUCCUCUGCUUUUUCGAGGACUUCUGUCUUUUCUGACCUGGUGGAUUGCUGCUUGUCUCUUUUCUACAAGCCUUUUUGGGCUUUUCUAUCACCAGUAUCUGACUGUGGCAUGAAUCUCAGUUAACAAAAAAGGAUGUCCGAGUCACACUUUGAAUUGAAAUAUUUGUGCCCUUGAAGGGCUGUUGGAAACCAGAAGAAAGUAAAUACAAAAGAAAAAAACAUAUCAGAAUAUCUUGUUUUAGAUGCUUCCUCUGUAUUCUCAGGGUGAAUCAAUGGUAUAAUAUUUAAAAUUACAGAGUAGAUUAUUAACUGCUAUACUGUGGCAUUGGAAUUUUAACUCCUUGUAUUAACUGAUGUGAGAGGGCUAUCUACAGGGGUAAUACUUUUGAUUACCUUGGUUUACAGAAACCUCCAACAGUCUUUGAAACUUCUGACUACAGUUAUUGAUUGAUUGCUCUUAAUGGUAUAAAGGUACUGUUAAUAUUCAUAGUGGCUGCCUGUAGAAAAAUCUUCAAACUGAGCCAUGUUUAGUGGAGGGAAAGGAGCUAGAGUCACUUCUGUUGGUAAUACAUUAGUCACUCUUCAAACAACAACAGCAAAAUCCAACAGAAAGGAAGAAAUAGCUACUGUAUAUUACAGUAAAGAAAGCUGCAUAGUAAUUUUAAAUUUAAUGGAGAAGUAUAUGCUUAAUAUCUACAAGUACUGCUGCUUGAGAGUAGCAAGAACAUUGUUUUAAAAUGUAUUCUGUCCAACUUGAGGGAUCUUUUAAAAUGAUUGGCUAUAUGAACACUUGCAAUCUUGCUAAUAGGCUUGGAAUUCCCAUAUUUUAUUUUAUUCUGUGAUACAGUUCUUUUAAUAGUCUAAAGAUAUUUAUCAAUAUUGAUCAGACUUUUAAAAAAUUCCUUAAAUCCUGCUGACUACCUGUAUGUAUUGUAUAUAUAUUAUAUAUUAAAUAUAUAAUAUAUUGAGAUUAUAAAAGGUGAAAAUAUUGGAUACUUAUAAUAUUUUAAGUUGCUGAAUGUAUAUUAAAUGUGAUUGAAUGAGAUGUGUUUGUAUCUAGAAAUUUUCGUUUUGGAAUGAGAUUAAAAUACAUUUUGAAAGUUCAUCAGAUGAAGCAAUUCAUUUGUGUUACCUAUGUGUGAGACUGCUUAAAAUUAAAAAUACUUGGAUGAUUUCUCCCAAAUUAAAAUUUUUUCUGUCAUUUUCAAACAUCAGAACCUUUCCCACUAACCCAAUAUAUAGGAAUAAUUAAACCCUUAUUAAAUAGGAUUUGUUUUAAGUUUGUAGUGCUUAGAAUAAGAAAUGUUAAUAUUUUCUUUUACCGAAUGAAAUUGAGGUAAUUUGGAUGAAAAAUUCAUAAGAAAUGAAAAAAUGUAAUUUUGGGGGGGCUUUGUUUAUGUAAAACACAAAAUUAAGAGUUUCAUUUUUAAAGGGAAUGAAUAUAAGAGAUAAAUAAGGUUUGUUUUCUUUUUUAAACAAUUAGUAGAAUUUAUAGAAAAACGUUCUUCCAUAGAAUGUUCUUGAGAAGCUGUAUAUUAGUGCUAUUGUUUCAGUGCUAUUGUCACUAUUGAAAGCAGUUUUGAAGGUCUUUUAGAAUUACUUUCAAGGCUUGUGGUUCACAUUCAUUUGAAUAAUCGCAGUACAGACACGUUCCUGUCUUUUGGUAUAGAUUAAAUAUUUUGGAAUUAGCUGACAUGUUUAAAUAUGAGUGAGUAAUAAGUUCUUAAGUUGGAUAAACCUCUUUGGUUGAUAUGAAUCGUUAAUAUAAACUAAUGUUAGUUCAUGUGUAUUUCCAAAAGAAACAUUCCAAAUACAUCUUGAGAUAACAGCAUCCACUAAAAUUAGUAUCUUUUAACAAGAUUAUAGCAGAGUAUGACAUUUUGUAUGUGAAAGUUCUCACAUGUUGGACUUGAAAAGAACUUUACCUGAUACUUAAAACCAUUUUUAUCAAAGAGCUACAUUUUAAAAACUAUAAUUUAAGUUAUUAUUUUGAGUUUCAAAGAUUGUACCGUGGAGUAAUCCGGGGCGGGGGGAGUGGGGGGGAAGAGCUGGAAAAGGCUUAGAAUUUAUUAUUGGAUGAAAUAACAUGCAUUUCUAAAAUACUACUGAUUCACUCUCCUUAGACUUGAAUUCUCCAUAAGUAUACUGUGUACUUAUGCAAACUGCACAUUAAUUUAAGUAAUGGGUUUGGUUUAGGUUUUUUUUAGCCUUUCCAAACAGAUUUGAAGAGAAUGAUGAUUAUAACUACUGGUUUAUUUAAGCACCUUGUCUCUAUACACAGAUUCUGUUCCUGACUGUAAAGGGUUUAUACUUUAUGUAAACUAAAUAAUAUCUUUUAAUUGAGAUAUAAUUGACAUACAACAUUAUAUUUGUUUUAGGUGUACAAUAUAAUUUAUAUGUGUGUUUGUGUGUGUGUAUGAUUCCAAAAUGAUUCCAAAUAGUAUUUUAAUAUUCUUAAUGAGGCCAGUAGAAUUAUUUUUUAUGUUGGGCUCUAGUCAAUAUAAAUACUUCAUAGGUCAGUUAUUUCAUAUUUCUACUAAAUUAACUAGGAAUCCUUAUAAUCUUGCUUCGUAUGAUUUGUGGAAUUGCAUUUGACAAUUUGUUGAUUCCUGCUCCCCCACCCCCUGCCCAUUGCACUAUAAAAAUCAGGUAUUCUCCCUUCUACCCCCAUUGAUAUGUCUGAAAUGAAAAGCAUAUAAUUUUAUCUUAAUAUCCGUAUGCAUUUGAUUAUCUUUGGCAUUUUCCCCAGAAUUCCAAUUGCUAUGCAUAAAUGACCAAUGCAUCCAAGCAGAAUGGGCUCAUUGUCUUAUUGUUUCUGAUAUAAAUAUCAUUGGUAAAAUAGUGACAUUUCUUCUUGAGUUAUGAUUCAGAACAGAUAUUCAUCCAUUAAUGGAAUUGAUAGGUCCAGGAAGUAAUAAGUAGACUUCAUUAUGAAAUCUAUAAUUGGAACUUCACUGGAUAGAUUUUAUUCUUUCAAAUGAAAGAUUAAAUUCUCAGUACUGAAAAGCAUAGGGUCUCAACAUUCUCUGAAUUCAAACACACUUUCUGAGCCAUCUCAUAAUUGAAAAUGGUCUAUCAUGGUAUAUGGUUCUAUUCAGCAAAAUAAAACUAAGUGAUUAUUGAAUGUGGAUCAUCCUGCAUCUUCACAGACCUUUAGGUGACUUAAAGAAUCAGAUUUGAACAUAUUUAUGAUCCUAGACCAUGAACCCAGUAUCUCAGAUAUCUCUGCAAUAUCAUCUUUUAACUCCUACUUGUCUCAUUGUAUUUGUACCCUGGGUUCAUAGCUGAGCUGGUUAUAUGCCAUGAAAACUCUGACAUGGACACUAAGGAUGAUUACAAAGCUAAUGUCAACCUUUCUGUCCUUUAAAAUGGUAUAAACAUUUUACUUAUUUUUUUUUCUUCCUAAGAAAAAAAACAGAUAUAGCCUGUUCAUAUGUUUGUCUUCUGUUAAAAUUGAACUUUUUUUUAGCUACAGACUGUUAUGUUGGAUGGGCCUAUAACUUCAAUGAUUCAGAUAAUGUGUAUUUUUCUAUUUCAUUGUUGUUUUUUCCUUUUUUUCCCCCUUAAACUCCCUAUAUGUGGUACUCCCCUCCUUUCUUCCACUUGGCGAAAGACUAUUCAUGGUCUUAAAUGAAGAAAGCGUAAUUUUGUGGUAAGAAUGUUAAUUUAACAAUCAGAAAACAUCACAUUAUUGCCUUCAGUUAGCUAUUUUUUGCACACAACUAGGCGUUCAACCUAUAUUAAUGAAAUAGAACUGAAUUAUCAUCACUGUUGACCUCAGUAUUAUCAUAAAAUAAAAUAAGGAAUUUACAUUAAAUGUAUGGCUAUAUAUUUCUACAGCUGGUAUCAGUUUCUCUUUGUGUUAGCAGGAGAAAAAUGAAUAGCAAUUUUUGGCUUCAGGAAUGGUCACAGGUCAUAUUAGAGGAUAUUCACUUACCAUCCCUUGAAAAUGACUUCACAAAGUGUUUUCUCCAGGAAAAUUUUGCUUUGUACUUCUUUAAUUAUUCAUUCAAGAAAUCUUUGUUGAGUACCUAUAAUACUCCAGAAACUGCCCUACAUACAGCAGUGAACAAAAUCCCUCCCCUCAAGGAGCUUAGAGUUUGGUGCGGGAAUGCAGCAAAAUGAGUGGGUCAAAUGUAGGAUGUAUUAGAUAGUGAUAAGAUCUAAUGAGUGGGGAUGCUGGGGAGGAAUCAGGGAAGGGAGAAAGAAUAUGAAGUUGGAGGGUAGGGAUAAAGUUAAAAUUUUAAGCAGAGCAUUAAGAGAAAAGGCCUCACUGAAAAAGUAAAUUACUGAGUAAUGACUUGCAGGAAGUAAGACCCAUCAUAGUGGGGUUUUUUUUUUCUUGUUAGCAGUGUUCUUAGUAGUUUUUUCUUACUAGCAGUUUUCUUAGUAGUUCAUUGGUUCACAGAACACCCUGAUUGCUUGGACUUCGCUAUUUGUGAGCUCACUAACAGAAUUUUUGAAAAGAUGGAUGGUAUUAUAUAUUCCCCUUUUCUUGUUGGUGUGUUGUGUAGAAAGGAUUAUAGGCAUUGAAUUUAAAUGCUGCUUGUUUGCUAAUGAACAGUAAAGCAUGUAAGAAAUAUAAUCUCCUGAGUCCACUUGUUAUAGUUUUUCUGUCAAGUGCUUUUUAACUUAAUUCAAACAUGUUUACAUUUUAUUUCAGUAGAACUUCUAAAGACUCAAAGGAUUUCAAAUGAAUUGCAGAACUCUAGAGCAAUAUGAUGUGUCCGUUUGGCAGACAAAUUUUACCCACCAGUUCUUUAAUCUGUCAGAUAAUCUGUUACACAAAGGUAAUUACGCAAAGGGUAGCAUGGCUGAGGACAAAUUUUAUUAAUAGUAUAUCAAAAUUUUAAAUAUUCUAACACAAUUUGUGUAAAUCAAGUGUACCCACUGCUGAAGUAUUAAAAAUGAAAGAACAUAUUUUUUUAAAUAGUGGUCUGUGGAAGUUAGUUUUAACAUCUAUUUUAUUUGGAAUGCAUUUUUCUUUCUGUAAUUUUAGUGAAACAAUUUAUGAAUAGAAAAUUCCAAAAGACUAAAGCAAACGAAACUAUGUUAGUAGAAUUACUUUAAAUAAGGAGCAAUGGUGAUAAGUUACAGGAAUUACUGUGAUUGUGUAUUUGUGUAUAUUUACUUGUCCUGUUCUUAACAUUUCCUCAGAGCAUGAAGUGUAACUUUUUUCCAUGUAUUUAAAUUUCUGUCAUUAUAGUAGAUAGUCCGUGUACCAGUUUUGGAUAAGUGGCUUAUGUCUAAAGUUAGUAGUCUGGCAACUGAACAGUCCGUUGAAACUGAAUAUCAGCAUCAGAAAAAAACCUGAAUUAUAGGAAUAAACCAAAAUUUUAUUUAACAAACUUUAAUCAUUAAAAGUUUUUUUUUUUUUUUAAUUCAGUAGUGAAAUUUUAAAGGAGUCACAUUGCAGUAAUGGAGAAAGCAGAGUCAUUUCAACUCUUGGCACUAGAACAAUGAGAUAUCCACAUUUUAGAAAUUGAACCUCAGUCCUUAUAGUUGCAGUAUGUAGUACCUCAGAAUACACACAAAAUUGAAUUCAAGAGGGACGAUAUACCUUGUAAAAACUAAAACAAUAUGGCUUUUAGAGAAAGUCGUAAGUUUGGUAAUUUUAGGGGUGGGCAAAGGUUUCUUAGUAUGUAAGGAAUAAUCAGUGUUUUAAUGAUAAAAUAGAUUUCAUAGAGAUUAAAAAUUUCUCAUCAAAAAACCUGUUUAGAAAAUAGACAUGUCAUAGGUUGAGAUAAAAUAUUUGCAAAACAUGAGAAAGAGGACUGGUGUUCAGAAUAUAUAAACAACUACCAAAAAAAAAAAAA